AUUAACAACACAACACCAUAUUGCUUACAGGAGGAACCUGGUUCAGUGGCUGGCGGACAGUAUCUCUGACGGACCGGUUUCCUUUUACCCAGAAGCCCCCGCCCUUAGUCCGUCCUUUCGACUUCCGCCUCUACUACGAGCGAAUAUGGCCCCAACCAAGAAGGGAGAGAAAAAGAAGGGGCGCUCUGCCAUCAAUGAAGUGGUGACCAGAGAGUACACCAUCAAUGUCCACAAGCGUAUCCAUGGCGUGAGCUUUAAGAAGAGGGCUCCCCGUGCCAUCAAGGAGAUCCGCAAGUUUGCUGUGAAGGAGAUGGGAACUCCUGAUGUACGCAUUGACACUCGUCUAAACAAGGCUGUGUGGAGUAAGGGUAUCAGGAACGUGCCAUACAGGAUGCGCGUACGUCUGUCCAGGAAGCGUAAUGAGGACGAAGACUCCCCCAACAAACUGUACACCCUGGUCACAUACGUUCCUGUCACCACAUGCAAAGGUCUGCAGACAGUAAAUGUUGAUGAAAACUAAAUUUGUCCCCUCUACGAGUGGAAUAAAUGGAGUAAAAAGAG